AGUUUUCUGUAUCAUAUCAUGUGAUAAGUCACACAAAAAUUUCUAAAUUUUUUGGAAAAUUUUGUAGUCCCUUAUUUAUCUUUGAAAAGUAUUCGAUAAAAAUGGCUGCAUCGUAUCUGCCUCUAAUUAUUUUCACUGUUUUGUGGGGAAUUGUUGGAAUUGGUCUGCCAUUCUUUGUACCAAAAGGUCCAAAUCGUGGAAUUAUUCAAUGUAUUCUAAUGUUAACAGGAGCAACAUGUUGGCUUUUCUGGCUUUGCUGUUAUAUGGCCCAAAUGAACCCAUUAAUUGGUCCGAAAUUAAAAAGGAAUGUCAUAUUAAUUAUGGCAAAGGAAUGGGGAAAUGAAAUCACAGAAGGUUAACUGUAUGUAAAUCAACUUUUAAUUGGGUAUUGCUCCUUUAAAUUAAAUUACUUAAUCUGAAAUUAAGAUAAAAUAACUGCGAUUCUAUUUUUUGUUUUAAAUGUUUAUUUCAGUUUAAGUAUUAUCAAUAUACUAAAUAAUUAAUGUUAA